GCCUUCCAGAAUUAAAUGGAAAUUAUUAAGAAAUUUAAUGUAAAGUAGUUUUCUUAGUCCCGCAAUAUUUCAAACAUGAAAAAGACUUGGAUUAAACGCGAAAAUAUAUAUUACGUGCCCUUUUAUAAACAAAAAUCCAAAAUGUUCCUUCUCGGCAUAUUUUGUCUGGGUAUUUUGUUUUUCAUAUAUCAACUUCUCUUUAUUUAUCAAUUACCAAAUGUUAGUACACCUUGGAAAGAUUUACGAAAAGAAGAUAAACAAACACAACAAGACGAUGGCGGGGGAGAAUUUAGAGAAACCACCAAAAUUUUAGAGGACACAAUUAAAAUCAUAAGGGGGACGCGCCUUUUCGAUUAUGACUCUUAUAAACCUAAUUUUGAAGGAAAAUUUCGCUGUUUAGAUGGCAGUAAAGAAAUACCUUUCCAAUAUGUAAAUGACGAUUUUUGCGACUGUCUAGGAGAUGGCAGUGAUGAGCCCAGUACAAAUGCUUGCAAAAAUGGCCGCUUCUACUGUAAAUAUCAAAAGCGGCAUAUAACCGGCCGUGGUCGCGAUAUUUUCAUAUUUAGCAGCCGUAUAAAUGAUGGCAUUUGUGACUGCUGCGACGGCAGCGACGAAUGGGAAGGGACGAAUUGCAGAAAUCGAUGUUCGACGUAGUCGAGCACUUCUAAAAUUAGGAAUUAUAACAAAUUUUGUAGAAGUCCAUUCUUUAAGAAUAUCAUAAUAGGCAUUUAAGUAUAGAAGACCUAAUAAAAUACAAUUUUUAUUCCAUUAAACUUUUCAACAUAUAUUCCGCGAUCCCUAUUGUCCAUUGUAUUGAAAAGUAAAGCUUUUAAAGCUUAUGAGAAGUAGACGGUUAAGGGACAACUACUCUCUACGUUAAAGCGAAAAGUGUAUUCCGAUUUAGACGACGUUUGAACUUGCAACAUAUGUAAAGUAGCAAAAUUUAAGUUAUUUUUUUGACAGACGUAAAUUUACAAAUUUGUAAUAUCAAUAUUUGCUGUUGUAGCGAUUCCCAUAACAUGCAAGAAGGUAGGCGAUCACUUUAACUGAAAAUAACCACAUC